AUGAACGUGAUGGUCGUGUCGCUGCUCCACACGAGAAGGGCGGCAGCAAGACCAAAUCAUACACCUUUCGAUCCUCGCGCAACCACAUCACAACUGAAAUCCUGUCGAAUCAGUCUUUCGCAGUCAUCAGUAUUUCCACAUUUUACAUCGAUGACCUUCUGGUUUCGUUUCCAGUUCUUCCGAACUCGUCCCAUGACCUAA